AUGGCGAACCACCCACGGGUCGUCAUCGUCGUCCUGGCGGCCAUCUUGGGUAGCGCAAUCGCUGGACCUGUUUCCCUGCGCAAGGGGCAGACCCAGUGUGCGUCCUACUGCCGCGCAACCGACAAAUUCCACUACGAACCCGGCAAGACCUACGUUUACGACUACGAAACUCUGAUUGAAUCCCGGAUCCACGCUGACCACCAGGAACAUGCCACUCUGCGGAUGACGGCCAAGGCCGACUUCAGCGUCCUGGCGCCUUGCGAAAUCCUUCUCACGAUGCGAGAUGUGCGUCUGGAGGAACGCGAUGCUCGGGGCACUUACGAGGCCGAGGACAUGGGCGAGUUCGCUGCAGCGAUCGAACGCUUCCCGAUUAGAUUCGCCUUCCAGGACGGUCUCGUCGAGUCUCUCUGCCCCGUCGCCGAGGACGCCGAAGCCGACUGGGUCGUCAACGUCAAGCGCGGUGUGGUGUCCCUGUUUCAAAAUUCCAUGAACGAGUUGGACGCCGGCAGUCAGAUCGUGACGGAGACGGACGUCGCCGGUAUCUGCGAGACCCGCUACGACGUCUCCCACGGCAUCUACUCCACCAGUGUGACCAAGACCAAGGACCUGCUCACGUGUGCCGAAAGACACGCCCGUCUCGCGGGACUCGACUCUGUGCCCUACGCCAACCCGGGACCGAGGAUCGCCAAGAACCUGCCUGUCUUGCAGAGUACCCACGAGUGCACGCAAACGAUCCGAGGCAACCGCAUGGAAAAGUCCGAGUGCAAGGAAACCCACUCCCUGGCGCCGUUCAAGGACACCAACGCCGACGAGUCGGCAGCGCAACAAACGGCAGCCAACACAGUGGCCAUCCACUCGCUCACGUUCUCGUCGGAACGGACAUCGUCCGUCGCCUCAGCCGAGAUCCGCGGACAAACGAGCCUGCUUUUCGAGCCCAACGCCGCCCCGGCGACGACGGACGGAGAAACCAGCGCCGUGCUGGACCUCGUGCGACGCAUCGAAGCCGACACGGCAGAAGCAGUGAACCCCGACUCUCCGCGAGCCUUUAGCUCCCUCGUGGCGCUCGUCAAGCAGUUGGGCCACAAGUCGCUGGACAAGGCCGUGACUCGGGCCAAGACACACGGUGAACGGGCUUCCAAAAUCUUGCUGGAUGCCAUUUCCCUCGCGGGCACCGGGCCAGCCGUGGCCGUCAUCAAGGACCACAUCGCAGCCGGAAACAUGAAGAAGCAGGACGCCGAAGCCUGGCUCACGUCCCUGGCCUUCACCUCGUAUCCGACCGACGACAUGAUCGCCGCCGUAGCUCCACUGUUGGAAGACAAGCAUGCGUCGCAACAAGCUCUGCUCGGCGUGUCCGCCAUGGCCCACCGCUACUGCGCACGCGUGCCCGACUGCGGCAAGACCAGCGCCGGCGUCAAGGCCGUCGUGGCGGCCCUCGAGACCCGUCUGCGAGACACCUGCAAGAACCGCGCCGACGUCAACGUGGACGCAGCCCUGGUGACACUCAAGGCCCUCGGAAACGUGGGCGUCAUCACCGAUGCCGACACUCUGCUGGACUGCGCUUCGCAAGACAAGACUCCGACUGAGAUCCGCGCAGCCGCCCUGCAGGCCCUGCGCCGCCUUCCCUGCGACCGCGACGACUUGGAGUCCAAACUCGCCGACUUGUUUGCCGACCACGAGCAGGACUCUGAGUUGCGCAUCAAUGCCUACCUUAGCAUGAUGAGGUGUCCGUCGCCGAGGCUCAUGAGCCAGGUUCAGGCCGUCCUUGCUGCCGAGCCCGUGAACCAAGUUGGCUCGUUCGUGUGGACCCACCUGACGAACCUGCAAGAGAGCCAGGACCCGUCCAAGCAGUACGCCCGAGACCUUCUGGCCUCUGACUUCCUCCGCAACAAGUUCAACACGGACGCGCGCAAGUUCUCGCGCAACUACGAGGCGGGUUUCCGAUUGCCCGGCUGGAACGCCGGCGCCCAGGCCGAGUCCAACGUCAUCUUCUCCACCGCCUCUUUCCUGCCGAGGUCGGCUAACCUCAACCUGACGGCGCACCUCUUUGGCGAGGCAGUCAAUUUGCUUGAAGUUGGCGGUCGCGUGGAAGGACUGGAACAGCUCGUCGAGAACUUGUUCGGAGACAAUGGCUACUUGCCCAAGAAGGAUGUGAGCACAGUUUUCAAGAGCACCAGAGACAAGACUGAGAUCCACCCAGACGAGCUCGGAAAGCACUACUACGACGCACCCAAGGAUGUCAGUGGACACGCGUACGCAAGAGUAUUCGGCAACGACCUCAUGUUCCACUCGUUCCGCAACAAGCAAGAGCUCACCGGCAAGCUGGACGCUAUCCACCCAGAGAGCCUGUUGGACUCCCUGCUGUCGGGAAAGGAGAUCGACCUCACCAAGAACAUCCACUUUUUGGACACCGAGUUCACAGUGCCACUCGCUUCGGGUUUCCCGCUGCACCUGGCCCUCAACGGAACUGCCAGUCUUCGUCUCUUGGCCAAGGGCCAGCUCCAGGCCCAGGAACUCUUUACCCAUGGAAAGGCUGAAGGUUCUGGAGACAUCAAGCCAAGCGCUGCCAUUGAAAUCCAUGGACUCGUGAGUGUCGGGGCAGGCAAAUCUCGUCGCACAGGCAUGUCCCUGCGUGGUACCCUGCACACCUCCUCCAUGAUCUCAGCCAGCUUCAAGGUCGACGGCUCCAAACUCGUGUCAGCCCGCAUCAACGUGCCCUGGCAAAAGAUGGAGAUCCUCGAGAUGGGAACCCAGGUGUCGCUGCUCCGCGCCGGCCGCCCAAUCCCCUCAAUGAUCGAGUCAUCCACUGAGUCUGUGCCAUCCACCGCAACCUGCACGGGCCACGCCUUGUCUCGCCUUGCUGGUAUCGAAGCCUGCGUCACCCUGACCAAGCCGAGCAACGUGCCUAGCGACACGUCUCUCUUCCUCGCCGGCAACACGCAACUCGGCGUUUUCCUCCGCAAAACCGACACGUUCCAGAGCUACAACGUCGACUACACCUACAGCGUAGAGCCCACUGCCCGCGGCCCGGUCUACUCUGGCCGCGUCAAGCUGGACACGCCCGGAUCGCAGCAGGACCGCCUCCUCAGCACCCACGCCGUGCUCGACGUACCCCAGGGACAGCUCAAGUGGCGUCUCCAGACCCCGGUCGUCAGUGCGGCUGCAACAGGCGCUUAUUCCUGGACGCCGAGCCUCAAGGCACUCAACGUGACGCUCGACGUGAACGAAGACGAGUUGCUGUCGGUGGCUUCACAAGUCAAGACGACGAGUGGCGGUUCUGAUUCCAUCAUCCACGAACCCAGCUUUGCACUCAACAUCAACGGCCGCAAGCCCCUCCGUGCCCGCGGACGCCUGGAAACCAGCAAGUCCAAGUUCAACGGCAAGCUGAGCAUCGACGGCGUGGCAUGGAAACCCAUCACUGUCAAGGCCUCUGGACAGUCCAGGUCCACAGACAAGGGCAAGAAGGUGCAGCUGGACGGCGUGUUGGACGGACCCCACAUCAACGCCGAGUUCCACGUGUACGGCAGGGCCGAGGAAUCGGCCAAGGGUGCCACGCUCAAUACUAAAUACUCGAUCGCCGGGAAGCCUCACGAGACCCUGGACGCCUCUCUGGACUUCAUACGCCAACGAGUCGGCUCCCUGACCACCACGCAACUCAAGGCAUCAUUGGACAACACUGCCGUGCCCGAAUGGGCCACCAAGAUUGACUGGACAGUGCAGACGAGCCCUGGCCACGUUGAGAACACCGUGGAUGCCACGCUGUGGAACGGGUAUCGGUGGAAGGCGGAACAGUUUGCCCUGGUCAACACGACGCGAGGCAUUGAGAUUGAUGCAAGACUCCGAGCCGACUGUCAGAAGCUGGGUGUGGAUUUCGCCACCAGUUUCUCUGACGACGUUCUGAGCGCUGAAGGUACUCUGAAGCUCAACAAGGACUGGGAAAGCAAGGCUGACGUCAAGUUCACGCACGUCGCUCGCCCAUUCAAGGUUUCAGCAUCGGGAUCCGUAACAUACCCAGGCAAGGAAGUCCGCGGCGCAAUCGACCUUUUCUCCGGAAACGAUCGGUCCCUGUCCCUGGAGACGUACGCCACAUCUGAACCCGAUGGUUCCAAGUUCCGCGCCGUCGGCACCUACAAUGACGCCAGUUCCGAACUCCGACUCGAUCACCAGCUCGACCUCGAAGCCGGACUCGACGAAUCCGGCUCCGUCACCUUCCAGGGACGUCUCCGCGCCGAAGGCCGACACGCGUCCGUCUCCGUCAAGGUUGGACAAGGAUCGACAAUUCACGAGGGCUCGGUGUCAGUAGCAACCAAGGGCGACGCUUCCCAUGACGUCACCGCCCUCAUCCGCGGCCCUGGCUACAAGUACGCCGCCAAUGGACACCUGGAACUGCGUCCCGACACCGUGGCUGCUGCCUUCGACCUCGACAACGACCAAAACAAGUACGCCCUGGACUUGAAGAUGAGGAACGGCGAUGAAGCCAAGAGCCUGGACGCCUCCGUGUCCUGGCAGCCCGACCGCCGUUACGACAUCAGCGCCAUCUUGUCGCCCGCACUCUACGCCGGCAAAAUCUCAUACCCCGGUUACGCGUACGAAGCUGAACUCGCCUUGACAAAAGAGACGACAGUCGGAUCCGUGUCGUGGGCACCUGAACAACGCGUGUCUGUCGUUGUGUCUCACGUGAUGCCGGCGGGACUCGAAGGAGAAUUCGGCGUCGAAGUGAAGACCCCGUUCGAGGCAAUCCGUCAUGGCAAGGGACUCAUUCACUACAGCUUCCAAGGCAACAACCUCAAGGCCACGGCUCUGCUGACCAAGGAUGGCCGCACACUGGUAGAAUCCAAGUUGGACGGCGAACGCGGCUUUUCCGGCUCGGCCAAGACCUACGAAGGCUCGAUCGCGUUUGACGGCCAGCUCGUGCACUCGUUCGGACUGGACUCUGACGCCCGCUUCAAGGUGACCGUCGACAAGACCCAAGCCAUCUCCGCGUCCCUGUCCGGCACGUGGCAAAACGAGCAGUACGCCGUGCGCACGGAGGCCAACAAGAGCCUGGACGGAUCCGACUUGUCCGCCAAUGCUGAGCUGGAAGUCGGCUCUCGAGUCGUCAUUUCCGCCAACGCCGGUUUCACCCGCACUGAUAAGGCUAGCCGCGUCUCAGCCAAGCUCGUCACAGGCAACAAGGACUCCUGGUCCGUUGAUGCGUCCGUCGACCACGAUACCGCCACCGGCAGCAGCGACAUGACCGUCGGCGCCAGUGUCACCGUCAAGACCCCGGUCCCUGACUAUGAACACUUCGAGGGUUCCGUCCACACCGAAAUCACGAAACAGAGGGCGCUGAAGGCCAAGGCAGCAAUCCGCGCGGGACGCGUGCACUACCAGGUCGUUGCCGACGGUGCGACGAGCACGGAAUCCAAGACAACUACGAUCACUGGCCACGCCGUCGUUUCCGGCUCCGAAUUGCCCGUGGACAUGGACAUCAAGUUCGAGCACAAGUUCAACGCGAGCGGAAAGCGAGACUUCAGCUCCGUCAUCGAGGCCGGCGGCGUGUUUUGGCACCCGCUCAAGGUCCAUGUGGCUGGCAAGUCUGGACGCGCCGAUGUCCGCGGCAACUUCGCCGUCACGUGUCUCGGCAAGUCCGCCGAUGGCAAGUUUAGACUCCGACGCGACGCUGGCAACACCCGGUUUGCUGCCCAGGCCCAGUACGAAGGCGACAAGAUCGAGCUCGACGUCGACGCUAAAAUCACGUCCCUGAAGAACUUCGAAGUCUCUGGUUCAUUGGACAACCCGUGGAUGACUGCAACCAAAUUUCAAGUGUCCCACUCCUGCAACCAGUCCGAGAUGAAGACCAGCGCCAAGGUGGAGCAACGCGAGUCCGUCGUAUUCACCCUGGACCAACACCUGGUAGUCAACAGGGACACGUGGCGCAGCACCAUCUCGGCCAAGACCCCGUUCCCCAUCGCCAGGACAAUCUCUCUGAAUAACGAGCACCAAAUCCUGUCAGGAACCGGCCUCCGACACGACGUCAAGCUAGAGCGCAACAACGAGGUGACGACCGGAACGCUGGCCUACUCAUCCACCGGCGGCAAGUACGAGAUUGAAGCCCUCAUGUCCGGCGACGCCGUGCCUCUUGGGGCCGAGUUUGUUGCUAAGGUACACCCUGAAGCGCUGAGCGUGGAGGCCAGUGGUCGCCUGGAAGUCCAGGGCCUGCCCGAGUACAAGUUCCUUGUCAACGGACGCUUCGACGUGCCGCACGGCGCCCUCGAACUCAAGAUGCAGCGACAAGGAGAGGCGGACAUCCUCGAUGCCAACUUCAACUACUUCGUUGCACUGCCCGAGUCACAGGCCGCAGGCAAGGUGCAAAUCAUGGGACACAACUACUUGGAUGCUGGCAUGACCGCGGAGAUCAACGUGAUGAACAGCAAGACCACUGCUUUCUUCAAUAUUCCGAGCUUGGAGUUGAAGUUGUCAGCUAGCCACGACAUAGAAUCCACGCCAGUGACAGGCAUCCUCACGGGAGUCUACAACGGAAAGAAGGUGGAAUUGCGAGUCUCCGGGACGACCGAGGACUUCCUCAUCUCUUCAGCCAAGGUGGAACUCGAAACCCCGUGUGAAGAGUACAAGACGAUCGGCGUGACGUUCAACUACGACAUGAGCUCGGCCAAGAAGACGUUCGGCAUCGGCAUCAGCCGCAACAACGACAACGUGGUCCACCUCGAGUCGUCCUUGGACCUCAGCGGAGACGAGCUCGGCGGAAAGGCAGAUGUCGCUCUCACCACCAGCUGGGAAGGACAACCCUGGGUCGUGAAGGUGGCCGGUGAAUGCAGGACGCAAAAGAACAAGGAAUACUCCCUGGACGUCAACGUGAACGAACGCGUCUUUGCCGUGUCGGCACGUCACAGUCUCGACGCCGGACUCGUCACGUUCGCGCUCAACCUCGACACCCAAGUCGGCGACAUUGACAAGGUCAGCUUGAACAUUGGCUACGCAGGCUUCACCACGGCCACCGGAAUCGUCAAGGAGAAUGCCCGAGUGUGGAUCGAAGGCAAGGCUGGUCCGUAUGCCUCUCUCACCAAGGCUGAAAUCGGCCGCUCUUUCCGCAACGGCGACCUCACCACGGAAUUCAACGGACCGAGCAACGUGAUCCCGGUGUCGGCCUCAGCUGCAUAUGAUAUCCGAAACUUGGCGGCCGCCAGCGCAAGGGCGUCUUGCUCCCUCGGCAACGACAACUACGAGCUGGACAUUGAGACGACUGACUCAAAUGUGGACAUUGUGCUGAAGACGCCCCACGAGCACGCCAAGCACUUGCGUCUGCAGGGAACCUGGGACACGAGCCGAGACGAGAAGACGCUCAAGUUGCAACUGCAUCACAACGGGGAAAACUCCGAAGUCGCAGCUUCCGUGCAAACCGGGGAUGCCUCUCAUCUCAAGGGCCAGGCCAAGGUUUCUGCAAAGACGCCGUUCCGCGGGUUCAAGAAUUUGUCUGCAGGUGCUCAAUACGACAUGCUUAGCAACGAAAAGUUGGCCAAGAUUUUCUUGGAAAACGAAGGCGUCAAGUCAGAAAUGGAAACAAUCGGUCGAGUGGGAAUCAAGGACGGCGAACUGAACAUUAGAGCAACUCUGCCCGGCUUCGGCUCCGACUUCGAAGACUUGGCCGGCACAGUGUCUUACUCCAACGAGGAACGCCGCAAACGCGCCGCCGUCGACCUCCGCCAAGGCCCCAACACCGCCAACUACGCGACUGAGCUCGAGAUGGACCAUGACCAGAUGUCGCUGUCUGCAUUGAGCCCGCACGUUGGCUACCAGCGCAUCGGCCUUCUCGCCUCCACCAAGGACAACAAGUUCACUGUUGAGGCUGAGAAAGAGGACAAGAAGACCAUUGCCAGCUUCUCUGGACGCGCGGGAUCCAAGUCAGGAAAUGGACAUUUGGUGCUCGCAAGUCCGCUUUUCGGCGGAAUCGACAUUGAGCUGCACGGCAACUACGACAAUGGCAAGGACGGACUAUCGACCGACAUCGUCGCCAAGGUGAACAAGAUGAGCGCGCAAAUCCAGGGCCGGAUCGUGCCCGAACUCCGCGGCUCAGCCUCGCUCCAAGUGACAACUACUGGAUCCCAAAUGAGCCAAGUGUCUGCCUCUUGGGACCUUGUGAGCCGCAUGAAGCGCAUCCAGGCCUCCGUCACGACACCUGAGGGCACUCACACCUUUGUCCUGGCUGGAGAAAUUUCCAAUGGAACCGUGGACGCCGAGAUCUCCUUGCCGUUCGCCGGCUGGGAAAACAUGAAGCUCACUGGCCGCUACAAGAUCCGCGACACACAGGAAGUGCUUGUCGAGUUCCAACAUGGCACAAGCCGCUACGAGGUGCUUCUCGAAGCCCAGUGCGCCAACGCAACCCAGGCAUGUGCUGCUUCGGCUGCAAUCAAGACCCCCGAGUUUGUCUUCGGAUCCGCAGCUACCAGCUUCGACUACAAGAAGACUGCUGAUUCCAGUGCUGAUGCCCGUGUCAAGGUCAGCUACAACGCGUGGGCCACAGACGUGAGCGCCAGUGCUCGGCUUGAUGCCAAGAAGGGCUCCGCAUCCAUCACCGCCGACUCCACGACACCCGGCUGGGAGGCCCUUGGUGCCCAAGUCGAAUACAACUUUGCCGGCAAGGGAUCCGAAAACUCUGCCAAGGUAUCGCUCCGACGCAACCAAAUCCGCAAGGAGUUUGAAGCUAAAGUUCUCGUCGACGACGCCGAUUUCAUGCUGGCCGCCAACACGCCAUUCAAGGGCUUCUCCUCCGUGCAGGCCCGCGUGAGCCUCGAGUCCAACGACCAGCAGCAACAGUCCCGUGUGCUCCGAGCUCUGUUCCAGAAGGAAGCCUUCAAGGCCUCCGUUCAGGCGCAAGCCAAGCUCACGACCAACUCUGGCAUGCUGUCCGUCAACGCCGACGUGCCCACCUUGACCAACUGGAUCGGCGCCGGCAAGUUCAUCGCCCAGUACUCGAUCCCGCAGCAGCAAAACGGGCUAAAUGUCGUCGUUGAGUCCCAGACUGGAAUCUAUUCCGGCAAACUGUCCCUGGAUGCAAGCAGUACCCGUGGUAAGGUGUCCAUCAUCGGCGAGUCGCCCAUGGGCAUCGAGAUCCUGCCAGCAGUCAACUGUGACGUCAACUACAACCUUGACACCGAAGGAAAGACCGCCAAGCUGUCUUGGCGCAGCCAGAAUGGACAACAGAGCGAAUACGGUAUCACCGCUGACAUGAACGUGUCUUCCAAGCGCGGCAACGGCUUGUUGAAGCUCUCUGCACCGGGCCAGGGCUGGUGGACCUACGCCAACGCCGAGUUUACCUACUCCACGCACUCCGGCUCCUCCAAGUUCCUCACCUUUACCGGCAAGGCUUUAAGCGACCGCAUCGACAUCCAGGCUGAACUAGGUCUCGAAGGCACGAUUCGCGUCAAGACGCCCAUCGACGGCCUCACCGCCUCUACGCUGUCCUGGAAACUGGCCAACGAUCAGGGAAAAUACGUUGCCGAGCUCGACGCCGACAUCAUGGAUACUGACGUCAACUUUGGUCUCGCUUUUGUGCCACGUGCCAAGAACUCCUUCCAGCUCGAUGUCAGUGCCAAGUCCCGGACUCUGCUGGCCCACCCGACUACACUGAGUCUGGAUAUUGACGCCAACGUGAGCAAGGGUCACGCAACUGGGAACACACGAUGGGGCUCCACCACCGAAGGAUCCGCUGCAGCAUCUGCCAACUGGCGUCUCGCCUCUGGUGACGGUUUCAUCACUGCCAACGUAGAAUCUCCGUUCACUGGAUCCAGCUCUGCCAAGGUCAACUACAACAUCGCCAGCAGCAAUGUCGACAUCGACGUCCAACUCGGCCAGUCGGCUUCCUUCCAACUCAAGGGACACGCUGGAGACAAUGCGGCCAAUGCCAUGUUCAAGGUGCAAUCAGCUCUUUCGGGAACAAUCCACGCGGAAGUCGCCUACGACCUCGAGUCGCAGAAGAAGAGCGUGACUGGCUCCGUGAUUCUUCAGGGCAUCAAGUACGAGAUCGAUGCCGCCCUUGAUGCCGCCAACUCUUUCAGGGUUGAUGGAACCAUUUCCAUCAAGGCCGGCAGCAACUCGUCCUACAAGCUCCGCGUCGACUACGACCUCCGCCGCAAUGCGCCCAACAAGACCGUCAGCCUUCUGCUGGACCUCGGCAACUUCGGCCACUUCAGCAUCACUGGUGCAGUUGAGCAGAGCCACGCACAGCAGGGCAAGGCACUGUUGAACAUCAAGUCCAGCCACGAGGACCUCAGCAACAUCAGCUUGAAGGCCGACUUUGACUUCCAGACAAACCCGACCGGCAGUCUCCAAGUCCAAUGGUCGCCCACAGAGUCUCUCGAAGCGAGCUUCAACAUCGAGCACGACACCUGGAAACAGACCAAGAUGGCCAUCAAUGUACAGGCCCCCUUCGCCAACCUCGACAUCUUCCAGCUCGAAACCUCGUGGAACUUGGCAGCCAAGACUACUCAGAAGACCGCAACAGCAAAGCUGGCCGUCAACGAGGAUAUCUACUCUGGAACACUGUCCCUGAAGAACGACAAUCAAGUCUUCUCCACCGAGGUGUUGGCCAUUAUGCCCAGGAACCACUUGGAGAUUGGCAUCACGACUGACAAAGUUGAGAAGACCCUCGCCCUCAACAUCAACAUCAAUGGACAGAAACUGGCCGCAGAUGCUUCCAUCACUGGAGAUUCGUACAAGAAGGCCGGCGUAAGCUUCACUGGCGUGUCGACGCUCAAGUUCGUCAGCGCGCAGCGGGAAGAAGCCAAGUUUGUUGCCAAGUACGAUGUGUCGAGGACAAACAAGAUGUCAGCCAUGCUGGACGCAGCCUACAACGGCCAAGAGAUCCAACUGACCGGUGGCUUUGAUGCUCAGUCCGAGAACAAGAUUGCCAACCUGGACGUGCGCACGCCGUUCCCCGUCAUCAGGUCUUUCACCGUUGAUGCAUCCAUGGAUAAGAACUCUGGCUCUUUUGCCGCCACGUUCCACGGCUCCUCGGGUGCACCGCAAAUGAUCAGGGCCACGUACGCCACCAACGGCCAGAGCCACUCGUUGCGCGUUGAGACUCCGUUCGAAGGAUACACGGACCUAUCUGCAGAAAUGCAGGUUGACCAAGACAACGAGCUGACCGCCAACCUCCGAUACGGCAAGGGAGAACAAGUGCACAUCACUGGGCAGUAUGAUUUCACCCACGCAGUUUCCGUGAAUGCAACCCUCAAGGCUCCGAUUGGCUCCAUGGCAUUCAACUCCUACGUGGAUGCGGGUUACAUGUUCCUCUCCGGCAUGUUGAACAACGAGGAAGCGUCAGUCAGUGCCCACUGGAAGAAACCUCUGGACGCCCAAAUUAGGAUCACCACGCCCUGGACCCCAUACGAGUCCAUCUUCGCCAAGAUCAACGUCGGGAUCGAGUCCACCGCCUCAUCAACCGCUGUGAAUGGCGAAGCUGCCAUCAACGACCGCAGCUGGGGAAUCACCUCCAUCCUGGAACAAGACCAAUUCGCGUACAAGGCUCAAGGCAGGGCCGUGUGGGACCAACAAAGCGUCGCCAUUGAAACCGGAUUUGCCAAGCGAGGGGAAGAGUACGACGCCAAGUUUGUCCUCAAGACCUCCUUUGAGCAAUUUGACUCAAUUGUGCUGCACGGAGUCGUGUCCACCGACUUGAACACACUCACCAGGAUGACCUACUUCAACGGGAACGUGAAGAUCAACACUCCAUUCCCACAGUGGCAAAGUGCUGAGGCCAGGAUCUUGGCCCGCAACUCUGACGGCCUCGUUGACGCUGAAUUCGUUGCCAAGCUGAAUGAACAAGAGAUCUCCGGCAAGCUCGCGAUUGGGCAAAAAGAGAAUGGAACCUACAAGCUCAAGGUUGAGACUGUUCUGCCCACUAGCGACCUGGCAGGCGUUGCCCGCACCAGCAUCUAUGGAUCGCUCAAGGUGAAUGAUGACUGGACCCAAGGAUCAGCAGAUCUCCGCGGAAACUUCGGCAAUGCCGGGGAAGAAGAUCAUGUGGCUCAAAUCGAGUUUGACCUGGGUACUGCUUCCAAGAAAAUCUCCCUGAAGUUCGACUGCAGCCUCAUGCAAGGAAAAACCGUCGAUGUCACCAUUGAGCACUCCUUCACUCAGGAUGGCAAGAUGGAUGCACUUUUCGAUGCCAAGGUCGGAACUGAAACGUACAACGCAAAACUCGCCUGGUCCAUUGCUUCCAACAGCGUCAAGAUCGAGGCCAUCGACAAUGCCAUUUCCAAGUUGCUGGUGUCGAGCCCCACUGAGAUCAUCCUGUCUUCCUCGCUGUACUCCAAGAAGUCCGCGGAAGGAGCAGUUGAGUUGACUUUGGACGGAAAGAAACACAGCGUGAGUGGCAAGUACGAACUGGACUCCGAGAACUUUUCCGCUGAAGGCCAACUGUCCUCGCCCAAGCUUGACAUUGGAAAGAAGAGCUUCAAGUUGCACGCCAAGUACCCCACCAAGGAGUCAGUGGACCUCCAAGCUACCGUGACUGGUGAAGCUUCCCAUUCGGCGGGUUUCUCCUUCGAGUCGAACCCCGGCACUUUCACUGUGAAGAGCUCCGGCUUCAUUGACAUCCCGACUUCCAAGAGGGCCCAGUUUGACGUUGCCGUGGAUACGAAGAGCCUUCAUGCUCAAGUCACCACUCCUUCGGCUCAUCAUCAAGUGAAGGCCACCUGGGACGUGACCCGUCAACGCGGGGAUUUCACUCUGGAUAUCGACUCUCCUCUGACCAAGGCAGGCAACAUGAAGUAUUCGGCCAUGUACCGCACAACCGAGCAAGCGAUCGAAGCCAGCAUUGAGUGCAUCUGCGAAGGAAAAACCUAUCUGAUUGCUUUCGAGCACGAGCUUUCCUCUGCGCAUAUCUCCACAUCUGUUUCCGCUCAAUUGCCCCAAUAUGGCGUCAGUGGACAAGUUGCCAAGAUCACUGGAACCAAGACUGCUUCCGGGUUCGACGGAGAAAUCGAUUUGAAGAUGUUCGGACGCCACAAGGCCCACGGAUCCUUCAUGGGAUUCCCUGGAAGUGCGGAGUUCGCCUUUUUCUCCACAGCACUCCCAUCAGAGUCCAUCCGCGCCUCAUACCAAAUCGUUCUCGGCAAUGCCCCAUCGACAACUGAAUCCUCUGGAUCAGCUUCUCUCGUCUUUGGAGAAGAUGAGUACUCAGUUGCCUAUGAGGCGUCAGCAGGCAGCACGGGCAAGGACAUGCGUGGUUCCAUGAAUGUCAAGACUCCUUGGGAAUCUCUGCCGAAUGCAGACCUCAGUGCCAAGCUCCAAAUGACUGACGGCUUCCUCAUGGACGUCGACUUCAAGUCUGGCUCUCGGAUCGUGCCGGCUGCAGGACUGUCUGCCAAGCUCAGAAGGGAUGCUGAAUUCAUGGAUGCGUCCUUCAGGGUGACCACACCGAUCAGGGACUACGAAAACGUCGCUCUCCUCAUCAACUUGCCAUUGAACGGACCGUCGGCAGACAAGAAAUUCGAGCCUCGUGUCACACUGAGCACCCCCAAGUCUCGGUUUGCCCUCACCGCAUCCCUGAAGAACACAGACGAGAAGGCGACAUUUGAUGCGGACGUUUCCUGGCCGGGCCAGCAGAACCUGCGAGUGUCUGCCCACCUCAAGAAGGUGUCUCCGUACGCAUUCCGCAUCGAUGCCACAACUCCCUUCAAGGGAUUCGAGCGCAUCUCUCUCAACACCGAGCUGAACCUGGGUUUCCCUCGAGAUGGGCACGCCUUUGCCUCUCUCAAGCUCAACGACAAGCCAGCUUAUGAAGGCACCGUCGCACUCAAGAUCCAACCAGGCAUGUACAAGAUCGUUGUCGACGUGGACACGCCAUGGGAGAAGCACAACUACGGACUCACUCUGCGACUCGAGAAGACCGCACGAAAGACAAUUCACGUCGAGUUCCAAUACCCAGGUUCCACCAUCGGUGCUGAAGUUGACUAUGUUUUCUCAUCCUGGAACAACGUCGUUGCCAAGGUGGCCCUCAUGACCCCAUUCCAGGGCUUUGAGCAGAUCGCUUUGUCAUUGGUGCACCAAUUGGAUAACCCAGAGUCCUUGUCCUACAAUGGUGAGCUUGGCGCAUCGCUCGGAAAUGUCAACAAGUUCCUGGUGGCUCUCAAGACUUCCGUUAAUGAUGACUCAAGUGAUGCGGCCCUCAAGUUUGUCCUGCGUGAGAACCACUUUUCUGCAUCCGGAUUCCACAAGAAGUUCGGAACUCACGAGUCUGCUCAACUGGAAACGUCCAGCUCCUGGAAAUCGCUUCAGGCAAUCAAGUUUGGCUUCUCGGCAACCUCCGAUGACGCAGCUUCGUCAGCUUACUCCGGAAUGAUGGUUGUGAAUGGAGAAACCUGGUUCAGCGCAACCGUGAAUCAGAUGGCAGGCAACAACCGGGAAGUCCAGGUUGUGACACCCUGGAGAAGCGUGUCUGGAAAGACCUCCUGGGACGUGACCGACAAGACCACAGCUUUGUUGCAAUUUUGCUGGGACACCAAGGCUAUCCAAGAGUCCACCAUCGCCUUCGCACUCAACAUCGAGGGAACCGGCUCUGGUAAGACAGGAUUGAUCGAGAUCAUCACCCCGACCAGAACCGUCACCUUGCAAGGAGACUACGCUUUGACAUCCAUGAAGUUUGAACAUUCUGUGCAGCUGUCGCUGAAGCGCAACAAGUUUGUCGGCUACAAAGUGGUCCUGAAGAACACAUCUGACUACACCCAGAAGAGCUACGGCGGUCUCGUCGAGGUGCUGCUGCCAUCAUUCCCCAUCAGUGUCUCUGGAUCAGCCAAGAUCGUCGGCAAUGAUGUUACCAUCAACGGCAACCUCAACUACAAUGACCACGUCUCCAAGUUCUCGGCCACAUACUCAGACCACGGCUCAUGGAACGGAGAGAGCAAGGCGUUGCACGUCUUCUUUGCCCAUCCUCUGGCCACUUCGCCGCUGUCACUGCAGUCUGAGCUGUCCCAAGCUGACGGGGUGACUGCCCUGAAUGCCAAGAUUCAGUAUAACGACGACAGGAAUUCGGACUUCACCUUCCAAUGGACCGAUGAUGCUAGCUACAAGACGACUGGCCUGGGAUCCGAGGAAAUCCACCCCAGAGUGAUCCUGGUAUCCGUGUCUCACCCAGCCACUGACCUGGACAUCAAGCUGCAGACGGAAUUCGGAGCUACCAACACUGAAAAGGCAGCCAGCAUCAAGGGAUCCUACCUGGACAGGUUCAAGAAAAUGCACUCCCUGGCGUUGCAAGGUUCUCUGGUGCCUUCUGCUCAGAAGGCAGCUCUGCUUUUUGAGCUGGACGGAGAAACCAUCAAGAUGGACGGACUGGUAAAUUCCUUGGAAUCAGGAAUGAAGGCAAUGCUGAACACGCAGCGUGGACUGCACACUCCACUCAGCUACUCCUUGGCGCUUGACUCAUCUCUGCCCUUUGGUGAACUGAACAUGGACUAUGGCCCAAGCCGCACGCUGAGUCUCUCAGCUGGCAUGCCAUCAGAUCGUGAGGCACAGUUUGCAAUCCGCCGAUCCAUGUAUGGAAACACUGCAGAUGAUGCCUUGGUUCUGGCCAAGCUCAACACCUCCCAUGUGUUCCACUCCAAGGUCAACUGGCGCCCAGCUUUCUGGAAUGAUGCCGUGGAUGAGCUGAAGCACAGAAUGUCGUUCCUCAAGCGCGAAUUUUCCGUCACCCUCGGCGACACCUACGCAUUCUGGCAAGGGGAAUUGGAGCAUCGCUUCAAUGGUCUUCCAGAGGCCAUCCAGCAGGAACUGCAAGAGAUCGCUGACGCUGUUACGAAUGAGAUCAGACUUGUCGAAGAAUACCUGAUUGACCUUAAGGGAGAAAUCCAGAAGCUUUUCGACUCCAACAGCUUCUUUCUGAAGGACAUGACCAAGGUUCUUAAUUUCUUCCACGGACAUGCGUCCAACGUCUUGGGCUCUUCCGCACGAGUUGUUCGAGACGUGGCCAUGAAGGCAGGCAAACUGGCAUCCAGCACAGUCCUGAUCAUCAAGGACGGUGUUGUGGUGGCUGUCGAGUCCGCCAAUGAUGGCUUGAAGGCAAUUGACAAGUUGAUUGAAGAGGCUUACAAACACGGAGGCAAGGUCGUGCUCUACGUCACCGAGAACUGGGACAAGAUGUCGGACGACGCCGAGGAAUGGAUCACCAAGAAAUUCCGCGCUUUCGACGCUGCCCUACAGGCCCAAAUUGAAGCACUCAUGGGAACGUACAAGCAAACCCUGACUGAACUCUUGAAGCUCUCCAAGCAGCUCGCACAGUGGAUGCAAGACUACUCCGAAACUGUUCAAGAAUUUGCCAAGGACUACCAGCAGGCAGCUGCUAAAAAUCCGGCUCUUGCCAAGAUUGUUCAGGCAUACAACGACUACGCAUCCUGGUUGGAGGAACUGCACUUUUCCGAGUAUGCUGUCGAGUUCAAGGACCAGAUUUCCACCGUCAUUGACAAGAUGAUGCAAGAGUUCGAUGCGUGGUCCCAUGAUUACAAGGAGUACGUUCAGAUGGGUAAACAACUCGCUCAAGGCCACUACGACGAACUGAAACAGAUCCCCAUGGUUGGAUACAUCGCAGAGACGGUCUCCCGUGUUCACAAUUCGAUGGAGUGGGCCUGGCGUUACUACGAACUGGAGCAGAUGAUCAGGUCCAACAUGCGCACGAUCGUCCAAAUGGCUCAGAAGCAAAUCGGCGGUAUUGUUGUGGGUCUCACCACUGGCCACCCAGCCCCCUGGGAUCUGGAGCACAACUACGUCUGGGACCCGAUGCACGGGAAACUCGAGAUCACCCAGCACCACCCGUUUGUCUGGACCUCCUUCCGCAAGGCUCCGGAGCUAGACCGGGAGUUGAUGGACAAGCUCAGCAAGGCCUUCAGCACCAUGGACAUGAAUACCCAGUGGCACAAAUUCCUCGACACCGUGACUUCGUCCAAGGAUAAGCUGCUGAGUGUGACGUCCGUGCUGCCACCAUUCAAUGCCUACGCAAUCCUCGCCGGAAACGGACACUACGUCACAUUCGACGGACGAGCGUUUGAGUUCAUUGGUGCCUGUAGCUACACGCUUCUUCACGACGCCCGCGACAAGUUCUCCGUCAUCGUCGAUUACGCUUCGGAUCCAGCAUCUGGCAAGGAAGGCAAGAGGGAAUCACUCAGGCUGAUCCAGGGAUCGAACGAAAUCCGCAUCGGCAGUGAUUACAAGGUGACUCUGAAUGCCAAGAACGUGGAUCUCCCGUGGCGGUCAAGCGACGGUGUGACAAUCAGGCGCCAGAGUGGCAAGAUCUCAGUUGACAAUGGCCGCGGGAUCACACUUGAAUGCCUGGUUGCGUGGGACGCCUGUACCAUCUCUCUGACUGGCUGGCACUUUGGUCGCAUCGGCGGUCUGCUUGGCAACUACAACAACGAGCCCAGCGAUGACUUUGCGAGUCCCACCGGAACCCAGAUGCCGACAGUUGAGGCUUUCGCUGAUUCCUGGCGCCUGGACACCACUGCAUGCAAACGCACCGCCGCCAUGAGCCGCCUCUCCGAUGGACCCUUCCCGAUCCUCACCAAGAGCGACAAGGCCACUUGCGACGAAUUGUUCAAGUCGGCUGAUUCCGCACUGUCGCCAUGCUUCUCCAAGCUCAACGUCGCAGCCUUCUUGCCUAUGUGUCACACAGAUGUUGCCAACAUGAACAACAUGCCCAAUGCCAAGGAGGCUGCUUGUGUCAGCGCGGCUGCCUACGUUUCCGCCUGUCGCGCCGUCGGCAUGGACAUCUGGAUGCCACCUCAAUGUGUCAAGUGUGAGCUGGAAAACAAGGGCGUCAUGAUGGCCGCCGAAACGAUCGAGGUGAAGAAACAAGAUGCUCCUGCUGCAACUGACGUGAUCCUUGCUGUCGACCACGGCGGCUGCGUGACAAGCGAACAAAUCGCAGGCAUCGUGCACAAUGUGGACGCUGAACUAACUGCUGCUGGAUCCAAGGACAACAAGUACACGCUUGUCGGCUACAAUGGUGAAACGCCCAAGGAUAAGCCUCAUGUGCAAACCUCCGAAGGCAGCAUUUGGGUCAAGGCUGCGAGCUUCAAGCGCGCCCUGGAAACGAGUGGUAUCGGAAGUGCCGGUGUGGAAGUGGCCAAUGUGCACGAUGCUGUGCAGUUCGCUGCCCGUUUGCCAUUCCGUGCAGCAGUGGGCAAAGCUAUGGUACUGGUGUCUUGCCACGAAUGUGGAAUCAGCGCUGACGAUACUGCCACAUACGCCGAUACUCUGAGUAUGUUGCACGAGCGGGACAUCGCCUUCCACUACAUCACCAAGGACCCCAUCAGCCUCAAGGCCCAAAAGCGAGAUCCGUUGUGGCCCAUUGGCUACGACUCCCGUGCUGCCUACACACUCAAGGACGCCAGGAAGAUGGUUGGGGACACGCAGCUCAAGGCGCAAAUCAACAUCCCUAAGGACUUGUGUGUGCCAUUGGCCCUGGAGACGAACGGAACGGUGUUCAGCAUGGAAGUGUUCCAGUCGGCCAACAACCAGGCCACCAAGGCCAAGAAGUUCUACUCGGUGGUUGCCAAGAAGGUCGUGGAAAGCGCCCAACAACCUGACAUCCAGAAAUGUGAUUGCGUGGCUGACCACAGUGGGUUGGGAACGACUCAGUGCCAAAGCCGGUGGCCGAUCCAACUGGACAAGUUUGUGCAAGACUACGACCGUCUGCGAUAUGACAUCAACAAACAAGGCUGAGAAACUGCAUCCAAAUGUGAUUCAACGUUGACCGAGCAUUGGUCCCAAAUUUUGUUUUCGUGAACGUCAGUUGGCUUUAUUUUUUUCAACAAUCGCGACCCAUUGUGAUUUUUUGACUGAUCCAUAUUUUCUUCAUUGAUCAAAUAAAUCUAUUCUUUCAUGCAUGCAA